CUUCAGGCAGCAAACACUAUCCGCAGUCUUGAGGGACUGGACAGACUGGAACAUCUAGCAAAACUGCAUCUCCGUGAUAACCAGAUUGAGAAGCUGGAUGGAUUCUCUGAAAAUAUGAAAAAUUUACAGUACCUUAAUUUAAGGUGGGUACAGUUGAAAAUCUUCAUCGAUUAUUGCAGAUAUUUCGUAAAAUGAUUGACUGUUUUAAAGAUUAGAAGUGAAUUCAUAUGUUUUAAGUGUCGUGUUAAGCAGUAAAAACAGCAAUCAAAAUUUGUGUCUUUCUCUUUCACAGGGGGAACAAUGUUUCAGACAUGAAGGAAGUAGCCAAACUAAAAUGUCUACCGCUUUUAAGAGCGCUACUUUUGAUGGGUGAGUGCACUGGUAAUUAUUUGUUAUUCUUACUAUUUUUUGUUAGUUCACUCUCUGUUGGGAUUUACGAGACCAGUUUAUCACAAGCUCUCAUCACGUGUACUAUGUAGGGCGUGCUCUCAACCCCUUUACUCUUUGAGUUUUAUUUAUUUAUUUUUUGAUUUAUUUGGCCUCUAUUGCUAGUGAGAGGGUUAGCCUCGUUCUGAACAGUCAAAAUCAGAACAUUUCUCGUACCUCAGCUAUGAUUCAAACGUACGACAAAAUCAGAUUGGAUACCUCAUGACAAUUACACAAUUCUUCAUUCCCAAAAGAGAACCCUAUUUAUCGGGCACAUUUAUUUAGAAAACUGAGAGAAUCAGAGACACUUAGUUUCCCAGUUAGUUCUUUAUGGAUACGGAUUAAAGGCGAAUGUACGCUGCUCUGAUCUGUUGUUGUUGUUGUUGUUGUCCCUUUUACUUCCGAAGUUUUAAUCUCAUUCCUCUUUUUCAAUUGUAUGUAAUUUUUUUUUCGGGUCACUUUGCAAUUGCUUAAAUUGCAAGUACCACUGCGACGAUCAUAUCUUGACAUAAAUUUAUAUUCGGCAAUUCAUUGACUAUUUUCCAAUUCCCCAUAAUACACUCUGUCUGCCCCCCAAAUUUUGCAUAACUUAUUGUCUUAAAAUGCUCUUGGGAAAAUGCAAUACUCCCAGGAGCAUUUAAAAACAAUGGUUUAUGCAAAAUUUGGGGGGCAAACAGAGUGUAUUAUGGGGAAUUGGAAAACAGAGAAUAUCAUCAUUCUAUGUUUCAUUCCUUUCACGGGUUAAGAUGAAAUCAACAAGUCGGCCUGCUCCCAUGUAUCGGUCUUCAUAGCUCAGUUGGUUAGAGCACUGCAGCGCGAACGCAGAGGCCAUGAGUUCGAAUCCCGUUGAAGUCCCGAAAUUGUUUUGGGGUUAAUUUGCAAUUGCUUAAAUUGCAAUUACCACUGCGAUCAUCAUAUCUUCACAUAAAUUUUUACAUGAUGUAUUUUAAUUGAAAGGAACCUUCUGAUUUUGGAUUAUCCAUGUAAGAUACAUGUGCCACCAUAAUUGUCAAUAGGAGAAGUCUUUACGACAAGUUGCCACGCAAAAUUUCUAGAUCUCAACAAGCCGUGGUCAUGCAAAUAUGGCAGAAAAAAUGAAGGAAAAAUAAUAUGUAUUAUUUUCCUGUGCAUGAUUGCACUCAGGAACAAAACGGUAGCCCAUACUUUUCUUCCAUCGUUCAAAAAUGCAGAUGGCCGCCUCUGUCAAGAAAGGUUGUUGAGAUCCAGAAAUUUUGCUACCAUGGUAACCUGACGUCGCACUUCUCUUCUCCAUUAUAAACAAUGACAAUUUUUCAGCUGUAGCAAUGAACUGCAACCGCAUUAUUGUAAUCAUUACACGUGUGUACCUCACAGAAUGUCCGGUAUCUGAUGAAGAUGAUUAUCGUAUAGAAGUGCUGAUCAGUCUUCGGCGACUUGAAAGAUUGGAUAAAGAUGAGUACACUGAUGACGAGAGACAAGAAGCUGAAGAGGUGACUGAUACUUAACAUAAACCUUUUUCUGUGGCUUCAAUCUGUUCCGUACACCACACCAACAGUCGCCUCAUGUAAGGGAUUCCGGAAUCCGGAAAAUAUUUGCUCGCGGAACCUGAAAUACAGCUCAAGGAAUCCGGAAUUCUUCUUACUAUUUGAAUCUGGAAUCCAGAAUUCAAGACUGUCUUGGAUUUCCUUGCCUGUGGUGACAACAGCGUUUUAGGGGCACCCAACGACUUUUUUUUUUCUCUACAUACUGUUCGAGGAGCAAAUAUUACCUUGAAGUUUCUAACGUUCGAGAAAAGCUAUCAAUUUCUGGAUAUUAGUAUAUGCUUUCACAAUAUUUUUAUCCCCAACAUAUUUAAAAAGAGUUUUUAUAAAAUAACUAAGAUAGUACGCGCGCUCUGAUUGGCCGAGAGCAGUGUUUGCAUGAGAGUAUGUAAACAUGGUUGUGCUGUCAAGUUGUUUGGCUUUUCGCGCGCUAAUCACGCAAGCACGAAUUUGAAAAAGUUUUCGAGUUCAAAACUCGACAAGUUUACUUUAUUUACCCAUUCCUUUGUCGGCUAAAACAUGGAAAAUCGUCACAAAGAAGGCGAGUCAAUUUUUCUUCGCUUAAGCUGACAUUUUAAGCGAGAAAAAUCCGUAUUUUGCAAAGAAUCUUUUUUGCAAAACAAGAACUGAUUGCGCGUGCAAGACUUCGUGGACAAGAUUUUGCGACUGGUAAGAAUUUCUCUUUUAAUCAGUACCAUGUAAAGAGUUUUGCGUUUUUUUCUCGGGAAAGUUAUUUUAUAAAAGCUAUAGAAAACUCUUUUCCUGUGUUUGCAUAGCCUGAUAUAAACACUCGAGGCGUUGGGAGAAUUCUCGACAGUUAUGCAAACCCUCGACUUCGUCUCGGGUUUGCAUAACUGUCUCGAAUUCUCCCAACCCCUCUCGUGUUUAUAUCAGGCUAUGCAAGCACGGAAAACGUUUUCUAUUGCUUAAAUGCUUUACGUAUAAGGCAAACGGCAAACAUCAGAUUCAAGUUUAGAAUUUCUCAAGGUAGGCUUAACAGCCCAGUUAUGCUCUGAUGACUCCAUACAAAUCCUUCUAAAUUUGACUCACUUCAUAACAUUUAUUAAGAACCGAGUCAAAAUUAUAAGGAUUUGUAUAAAGUCGUCAGAGAAAACGGGACUAGUAGCUCCAACACAAUUUGCCCCACAAUGCUAGUUUUUGGCAAGUAGGCCUUUCAGAUGUUCUUCUCAAAAUAUCCCAACAAAUCUCAUAAUUUCACAAAUGAAAUUUUUAUGACGCCAUCACUUUAGAAAUCUCACUCUUGCGCUGUCACGAACAAAACCACCAGCUACGCAGGCUAGAUUUUGUGCUAUUAACUUGCACCGCAUUUGCAACCAGAUUUAAACUUGGCUUGUCGCAUUUCCUUUCCUUCUUUAUGCACAUGCUUUCUUUAUUCAUUACCGCGCAGUAUGCUUUUCGUCAUUGUUGAUUCUUGCAGCAUGCAUAAAGCGUGCUACAUCUUACCCCAGUAUUAAAUACAUGUAGCCUGCGAGCAAGCUCUCCCGGGGAGCUCUUGGGAACCAAGAGAGCUUGCUCGCCGGCUAUCCAGUAAAUGCCCUUGCUUCCACUUCCCGUAAGACUCGGUGCGUGCAGACUGAGCGUGCAGUUCGACCAACUGUCUUAAAUGUUCUAUUUCAAAAUGUGUUAUUCAUAUGCACUUAUUGAUUUAUUUCAUUUUCUUUUUCAGAUUUAUGAACAAAGAAGACAAGAAGAAGCGUUAGCGGUAAGCAACACCACAACAUCUACAAUAGCUCUGCAUUACGCGCCCAUACCGAUUUUCCGCUCUUGUUUUAUCUAAGUACACGAGGGACAACAAAUUGGGCUGUCUUCCACCUAGAACUAUCGGGAAGACAUUAGUCUUACUCUAGCUUGCACUAUAGGCGAAACUAAACCUCUGGUAAGGUCCAUCUGCGGGCUAGACUGCGAGCAGUCUCUUUUUUUCUUCAGAGUUAGUAAGGAGAGUGCACGCGCGCGCGAGGGUUGCGAAGCCGCGAGACGCGAGAAACGAGGGCGGCAGCCCGAGAAGUCUCGCGCCUUCAGUCACGCGCGUGGUCAUUUGCGUGUCUCGGGCGUUUUGCUCGACGGACCAAGAAAAAAGAGAGACUGCUCGUAGUCUAUCUGCGGGCCAUCGCCAAAAUCAUCGACUGUCUGGCCCCCAGCUGUGUACCAAGAUUUCAGUACGCACCAUGAUUUUUCAUUAGUCAACAUUGAUGUUAGCUAGCAUCGCAACGAAUUACUGGAAAUGCGUUGCGAAUUUCCCUUUAACCUGGUUGCUUUUCUUUUCAGACUGGAACUCAAGAGGUCAUCCAUACCGAUGAAGACGACUGA